GUAUCAAAACAUGUGACAAGUUUCAUGAAUGUGCUUGAUCGUUUAUCAUUUUUUAUUCCAAACCAAGUAUUUCGUAAUUAAAGUAAUGUAAAUGUGGUUAGAAUGAUCAUCUGAAAAUUAAAUUCUCAAUGUUACAAUUUGUAUAACUCUAAGAAGAUGACGUCCAAACAACAAUUAUUAGAUAUUCUUCAAAAUGAACAAUCUCCGUUGGCCAAUCGAUUACAAAUCGCUUCUCGAGUGUUCACCGUAGUCGAACUAAAUUCCCUUAAGAAUAAAGAAAUCACGUUACAAUGGUUGCAAAAUUUACUAUCUAAUGAAGAAAACCAAGACGAUGUACAUUCGACGUUGAAAAAUUGUAUUACCAAUGCUAGUGAUGUCUGGUUACACCCGCAUCUUUCCGAUUCGAUUAUUUCGAUAUUGACAAAAUCCCAGUGUAGAAGAAAUUCGAUGGAAUGCUGUCUGGAGUUGAUGAAAAGCGUGCAUUUUUCGCGAUACUUCGUACACAAUUUACAGAAAAUGGCAGAUGUCGUAGUUUUCGUUGUGAAUUCGAUUACCGGUUCGAGUUUAGAAACCGAGCUUAUCAAUGAGAUCCAUCGGACCGUUGUGGAUUGCAUUUUGAACGUGAAAAAUAACGCCUUGUACAAUCACGAUUUAAAGAUACUAUUUUUCAAUCAUCUAAUCAAAUGUUUAGCUGUUAUAGCUGCUAAUAAUGGUAGUCUUGUUCCUGCCAUCAAAAAUUGCUUCUACCAAGUUUUGUUCACCGAUUCCGAGUUUAGAAACGCGUUCACCAAAUACAUCGCUGGAGAUCGGGAUCCAUCAGAUCGUAACCAAUAUGUCGUUGAUAUAACUGAUAAACUUCGAAGUUACCCGGAUCGUUUAACCGAUGAAUUAUUAUCUCUAUCGUAUUCCUUGCUGAUGUCCGGAUACUUGAUGAGCAACUCGAAUAAUAAUUCCAAAUUCAAAGUAUUCGUUGCUUUAAACCAGUUCGUUAAUAUAUCUCCGUAUCCAUUCGGUACUCGAACAUCCAAAGAAAUUGUUCUCGAUUCGAAAAGUAUUUCCGUUGCGACUGGUUUGAUAGAGAAAAUAAUCGAGCACGAUUUACCGUUGGAUUCGAACGUAGCUACUUUCACGUUAGCUGAUUGGCUCAAUGUGCUGGUCGAUGAAGUGUUGGAUAAUGUGGACGAUUCCGUAGACGUGCCAACGUUACGAUUGCUUAAAUGUAUAUUGAAUUGUAAUCCUCAUGCUAUCGAGUACUGUAUAAAAAAGUUCGCUGAGAACGUGAUGAUGGUGAAGAAAUCAGAUCCGGCGGUAAUCUCGUUGUAUUCGGAUCUUUGUAUCGAUGUCUUAAACGUUUAUAUCAAAUUGAGUCGUAUGCAUAAGUUAAUUUCUGCUUUACUGGUCACAAUGAAUGAAAAUUUGGACGAUUUUGACGAGUCUUCUGUUCCUGAUAAGUUCGACAUUCUACCUCAGCAAAUUUUCAUCAAGAUUCAGUCAGCUAUUACUAAUUUACCGAGCACUGUGCAAAAUGUAGCGUUACUUAAUACUCUGUUGUAUCAUUUAGAAAAGGACUGUAUCGCUAAAUUGAAAUCAGAUAAAAGUAAACGUGUUGAUCCUAGACUAGCGUUGUUAUUCGAUGUCGUUACUUACCUCAUUUCGAGAUUCAUUUCCGGUACAAGAAUCGUCGAUCAUUCGGUUCCAGAUCUUGUUCAAAGUAAAUUCGAAGAAUUGAUGAAUAACUUAUCAGCAUUAUUGAAUGAAUUUGGCAAAGCUUUGAUAUCUAAGGAACACGAUGCGAAACUAAUGGAGUCAUAUUUACACACUUGUUAUACAUGGGGUGAAAUGCAAAUGGUAUUCAUGGCGUACGAAUCAUCUCGACGAAGAGUUCCUAAACAAGCCGGAAAUUAUGGAAAAUCUGCGACAAACUUGGUUUAUUUGCAUCCGUAUUUGACCGAUUUUCAUUGGGGAUUGAUCGCCCAACGAGUGAAAAAUUUCGGAGAUGAAAACUGUCUAAAAUUACUGAAUGACUUAAUUUUACAAAAAAUCCACGCUUUGCCAUAUUUGGAAGAUGAAACCGAAGGACCUUAUAUAGACGAAGGACCAGCAACCGUCUGCGCGAAUUAUCUCAAAGACAACGCCGAUGGUAAAUGGCUGACACAGCAUGCUGGAGAAUUCGCUCAUUUACUCAAACCUAUUGACGUUUUUAAAAUGGCCAAGUCGUUAGUGACUUACUAUGAGAUGAACGAAGUUGAAGAUUUAUCCUCGAUCAGUGAAGAUAUUCAGGAAACCAAGCCUCUGGUGUUAUCUUUGUUGUGCUGGUCAUUCCGCAGUAUCAGUAAACAAUUCGCCGCUUGCGGAUUGAAAGAACCGAAACGAAUUCUGCACAUCAUUGAUUUCGAAAAAAUGCUCCAAACUGAGAGCGAAAACGACGACGAGAAUAAAACCGAGGCGACUGUAGCUGUUAAAACGGCCCUAGACGAAAUAUGCUCCUUGAUAUCGAAAGAUUUCGAAUACGUUGAUGAAUCGUUCGAAGUUUCCAUCGAAAAGAACUUGAUUCUAUUGAAUUCACUAUCAACUGCUUACCUUUCGAAAGAGAAUAAAUCGGUGCUGUUCUAUUUAACGUUAUCGUUGGUGAAAAAUCUCAUCAAAUUGAAACCCAAGAAUGCAGAUUUAGAGAAAUGUUUGGACAGUUCUUGUAGAUUAUUGCUAAAUUUUUCCCAAGACGUUAUCGUAGCAGAAACAUUGAGUAUUAACGAAGAACUAGUCUGGAUUUAUCGCGGUGUUAGAGGCACCUCGUGUUGUCAACCUGUUAUGGAAUGUUUAUGUAAAAUGAGUGGAGUUACCUUCGAAAGCGUCAUUGCUUCUGAUGAUUCGAUCGCAGAUAGAAUGGAAGUAGUAGACCUCCAAGAGGAAUCGAUUAGUUUGGAUGUGAGCGGUUACGAGGACCAAUUAUCAGAGCCGACGGUGGGAAAUAUAUCCAAAUUGAAUCGUUAUUUGCGAUUGGCUAUGAAAGAGAAGAAUCAGCAAGUUAAACAACGUAUAUUAGCCAAAGCAUGUCGUCUUGUUCAAAAGUAUAUAUCGACUGACGAUAAAGAUGAUCUAUUAUCCAUUUUGCCGGUCACAAAAGGAUUCAUGAAGAUAUUUACCGACGUUAUUCAGAAUAAAAAAUUCGGAAUUCGUUACGCCAUGAUCGAUCUUUGUUUCGAGUUAAUUUCAUUCGCUGUCAACGUAAAAAGCACCGAAGAUGAGUUACUAGUUGAAGCUAUAGAAUUACUAUUCAGCAUAUGUAAAGUUCGAAUGCCCCUUGUACUGGAUCGAAUUCCAACUUUCUACCUUUGUUAUAAAAAUUUAUUCAUCGAAACGGCCAAAAGAUCCACCGAAAGUUGCAGAAACAUUCAAACGUUGGUCUGCGCUGCCCAUAAAUUGGAAAAAUUGACUGACGUAUUGUAUAAGAAUAAAAAAGACUUUACGAAAACUUCAAUCAGUGCUGUGGGAGAUUUCAUCGAAGUGUUUGCUCAUCACAGUAUCGAAGAAGAUGUCAAAAUGCAUUUGAAAAACGUUGUCAGUUGUUGGAUCGGUAUAAGCGACGUGUACGUGCAGCAUUUUCUAUCCUCCGCUCUGUCUCCAGUAGCUCAGAAGUUAUUUCAACAGUUGUACUCCGAUUAUAAUAAGUACUAUAAGUUUACCGGUAAAGUGUAAUAUUGUUAUGUGAUUUUGUGUUCCAAAUUUUGAAGUUUUUUUUACGUGGAUUUUUUUUUGUAGUGAUCAUAUUCAUAAUAUUAUCGUUCGUUUUUGUAAUAAGUACUCCUAUUCCUAUUCUAAAUUGAAAAGAAAAGUUGUUGGUUAAUUUUUGAAUGAAUGAAUUGAGAAAUGUUCUCGAACCGAUUUCUAAUUUCUGUUUUGUCAAACAACGAAUAAUCCUAUUAAUAAACUGUUUUGUCAGGAA